UGCACUAGUUCACUCGCGUCUAUUUUGUACGCGAAACUGUAAAAAAAGAAAAGAAAUAUUUGUACUAUUUUUCUAACGUUUAUACGCUUUUUAUAAAUGAAGACCCAGCCACAGAUAAUGCUGUGAGGCCCCGUUUUCGAUAGGCGAUAGCAAAGCGCGUACACCCUGCCGACGGUCUAUAUCCCCCAAAAACCGAACCAAGUGCGGAAAAUGAUGUAAAACGGGGGGAAAUCUAAACCUGAAAGGCCCCACACAGCACAGCUACAAAAUGGAAAGGCACUAGCCACAGCAACAACAGAGAAGCGACCAAGAUGAGCAUGUCGUGGCAUUUUUGAAGCAUCGAUCUUAGUUUGUUAGCCAGCUUUCUGUUCAAGUCACCGAGGUACCAGAGUCUCCCCCCAAGUUCCAGCAUCUUCAGCUCCCAGUCCGAAACCCAAGCCGAGUCCCAAUCCCCAGCAAGCAGUCCAUGAUGCAUAUCAAGAGCCUGCCCCAUGCCCAUGCAGCUGCCACGGCGAUGAGCAGCAACUGCGACAUCGUCAUAGUGGCCGCCCAACCCCAAACCACAAUAGCUAACAAUAAUAACAAUGAGACGGUCACCCAGGCAACGCAUCCUGCUCACAUGGCAGCGGUCCAACAACAACAACAGCAGCAGCAGCAACAACAACAACAACAGCAGCAGCAGCAACAACAGCAGCAGCAGCAUCACCAGCAGCAACAGCAGUCGAGCGGUCCUCCCUCGGUUCCGCCGCCCCCCACGGAACUACCCUUGCCCUUCCAGAUGCACCUGACCGGGAUUACGGCGGAGGCGCAUAGUGCAGCCCAGGCAGCGGCCAUGGCAGCUGCCCAGGCUGCAGCGGCUCAGGCGGCAGCGGCGGAGCAACAGCAGCCGGCGGUUCCGCCUCCGCCGCCGCCACACCUAACGCACCUGACCACGCACAGUCCGACAACGAUCCCUAGCGAUCAUUACCUGGCCAACGGACAUGGCGAACAUCCCGGCGAGGGCAAUGCAACAGGAGGAGGAGGAGCAGUCCGCGAGCCGGAGAAACCCUUCCACUGCACCGUCUGCGAUCGUCGCUUCCGGCAGCUGAGCACACUGACCAACCACGUGAAGAUCCAUACUGGCGAGAAGCCCUACAAAUGCAACGUUUGUGAUAAGACCUUCCGUCAAUCGUCGACGCUGACGAAUCAUCUGAAGAUCCAUACGGGCGAGAAGCCUUACAAUUGCAACUACUGUCCCAAGCAUUUCCGUCAGCUGAGCACUCUGGCCAACCAUGUGAAGAUCCACACGGGUGAAAAGCCUUUUGAGUGCGUCAUCUGCAAGAAGCAGUUCCGGCAGUCCAGCACGCUCAACAACCACAUAAAGAUCCACGUCAUGGACAAAGUCUACGUUCCUGUGAAGAUCAAAACGGAGGAGGAGGAGGGGUGACUAGGACGCAUGGCGUUGGCGGCACACCACCAUCAGCACCAGCAGCAGCCACACCAGCACCUCCAUCAACACCAUCAGCACCACCAGCAGCCUCCGCCUCCGUCCCAGCAGCAGCAGCAGCACAUCGACCAGCGAGGAGUCACCAUCACCACGCUGCCCUCCGCUACGACAGUAGCCCAGCAUCAGCAGCAGCAACAGCAUCUCCAGGACGGCUCGCCGCAUCACCACUUCAAUGUGGCGGCUCUUGGCGAUCUCUCCAGCGCCAUGCAAUUGGGCGCCGUGACGGCGGACGGCAGUUUCGUAACCAUGGGCGGCGUGGUGGUGGGUCGCAUCCAACACACGCGCGAAGAACUGCAGCAGCUGGGAGUGAUUAAGGUGGAAUCGCCAUCGAAUGGUGCCACAGCCACGACGUCAGCAGCGGCGGCAACGCAGCGCGAGGGAUGAGUCGAUGAGCUGCUCCUCGAGUACAUGCUCAAGGAGGAAAAUGUGGACGAGGAGGAUGAACCGGAACAGGAGCCGGAAACAGAUGUAGAGGAGUGUCAGGAGCAGGAGGAGCAGCGAUCGAGACAGAAGUGAGCCAUGUUUGGUGUGUACGCUUACGUUGUUGUUAGUUGUUUAAUUGUAGCGAACAUUGUUGUUGUUGUUAAGGUUUAAAUGUGUGACUAAGAACUUACCAAGAUGAAUGUAUAGCAAACGCUUCAAAAGUAGCUAACCAAAAGGCGCCAACACCAGCACCCAGAGCUCGCAGAGAAAAACGCAAACCGUAAAAAAAACCCGAAACAAGAAACAGAAAUACUAAAUCUAAAAGUAAAGGUUAACUGAACUAAAACCCAAAAAAAAGACCUUAGCGGAGAGUUGUCUAUAUUACAGCACACCCCAUCUCACAUUCACAAUUCUCUCAGCCCCGGAAAUAGAUAAAAACACUCUCUAUUCAAUUAAAUAAUCCUAACCAUAACUAAAAGCAACUAGAAGGAAACUAAAUUGCUAGUAGAACAAGGAAACUAAACCCGUAAUAAGCAAAAAGUCAUUGCGUGUAAGAAAACAGAACUAAAAUGCUUCAUAAAGUGCGAAACCGUUUCAGAUUUUAAAUUUGUUGAUCCGACUCACUUUCAGAUUGUUUAAUUUAGCAUUUAACGUUUAAGAAAAAUUGUUGUAGACAGUUGACUUAGUCAAAGUUGCCGACGUUUUUUUCGCCAUCUUAUGAGGGCGUGUUUUGGUCUGGGUUAACACAAAUUCAAUUUGUUUUAAAAAUUCCUAGCUUAAUUAUUUAAUUUUGAAAACUUAUCAGAAAAUCCAUACACAAUACCAUAAACAGAAAACGGCAAACAAAAAUAAUUUUAAUAGUUUUAAGAGGCCGAAACUAUCUAAUUUCGUAGUCCCUAGAGAGCCAUAGUUUUAAAUGCAGCGUUUUGUUAAUUUUAAUUGAUUAGUCUUAAUAGUUUUAAUUUCUGCAUUGGCAUAAUUUGGAAACACAAAAGCUGUUACGCUGGCCUUCGCCUAAAUAUUAGUUAAUGAAGUAAACACAAACUAACGCUAAUUAAUUCAUAAUUAAUUACGAUUAUGCGAUAGGAAAGCAACAAGUUCUGUACAAAGCCCAACUCCAAUUUGUAUGUAUAAAGCGAAUGCAGUGGCGUUAAGGAGAGAGUUUACCUAUAUUGUAAAACAAAACCUUUUUAAAAGAGAAAAUAAUAUUUUCUAAAAAUACAA